UUGUCUUUUCCUCACAAAGUCACAAUUCCCUCGUUCCUGUUUUUGCUUCUUAAUUGCUGCACUUCGUUCCCUUUGAAAUUUUCCUUCUCCUCGAUUCUCGAUUGAUCCAACUCUUCUGUGUUGUUCGCUCUCCCUUCAAACACAACAUCACUCCAAUCCAUUUCUUUUUCUUCUUCAAAUCCUUCCCCAAUAUUAGAAAGUGAAGAUGUUUAAUUACCUUCUUUUAAGAUUGUAGUGUAUGAAUAUCCAGGUUCUGAAGCUAACUUUUCUUGUUUGUCAGAAAGAAUCAAGUGAAAGAUACGAGCUUGAGAGCCGGGCCUCUGUCCAUGAAGGAGUGCUACAGGCUACAGCGCAUCUGUUGUCAUCUCGCAUGGACUUCGAGUUGCAUAUUGUUUGAUUGGUAUUUAGUUAUUUGCAGGUGUGGCCUCCCACCUCCCCCUUUCUCUGCGUUUUCUUCUUCUUUUUCCUUCUCUUUUUCCUUUUCUUUUUCCCCGGACAACGUGGGAGAUGGAAGAUCAUAAAAUUAAGGGGGGAAAUCUAUCUAUAGAAUGGGAUUAGAGUUGGACAAAUUGACAGACUCCCACUUAAAUCAAUCCAGCUAAAUUAGUCAGAUACUCUUGAUAUUUGAUUCACCCAAGUCCCCCUCUUCUUCUUUGAAGACUCUUCCCAGUUUCCCACAAUCCAAAAUGGACUUGGGUGUGGCACUACUGCAGGAACUCUGCAACAAAGUUGCCAACCGAGUGAGAGAGCUUAUCACGGAAACGAAAGACGUGAUGGUCGAAGAGGCGAGCUUCCAAAAAUUCUCUAGGUACAUCUCCGAGUUAAACGUCUUCCUUCAAGCCUUGCAGGCCAGGGGAAUUAUAGAGGCCAGAACCAACUCAGAAUCCACGAGAGCAGCGCUGGAGACACUGGAUUCUCUACUCAAAAAAGCCUGUACCAUCAUCAGAAGUUACAAAACCGGGAGCCGACUCCGUCUAUUCCUCAAAGCACAGACUCUGCUCAAGCAGAUGCAGGAUUUGGCCCAAGAGAUCGCCGACACCAUCUCCUUGUUGGAGCUGGCCAAUCAAAAUGUUGCGCUGAACCUGAAUUCCAAGACCGACCAGAUCAUCAACAAUCUCAGGUCCAUGGAGCUCCGUUCAACAGCCGCCACUGAAGCCAUCGUCUCCGAAAUCGAGAAAUCAACAACUCAGAAUGGCAGGAGCCAGGCCCACGCCACCCAACUCCUUGAGAAGAUCGCUGACGCCACGGGGGUGACAGCGAACGCUUCCCUAGUUCGGAACGAGCUGGCACUGCUGAAACAGGAGAAGGAAGAAAUGGAAGCUCAGAAGAAGCAAGCCGAGGCACUACAGCUUUCUCAACUCAUUCAGUUACUGUACAGUACAGAAAUCAUUGGGAACCGGAGCCUUCAAGAAGUCGAAAGUGCAGCCAGCACGUUCCAACAAUACCAGAUGGAAUCCUUCACAUGCCCCCUGUCCUUGGAGCUCAUGACAGACCCAGUAGCCAUCCUAUGCGGCCACAGCUUCGAAAGGAAGGCCAUCUUGGAACACUUCAGAAGAGCAGGAGCAGGGGAAAGUACCAUCUGUCCCACCUGCAAGGAGGAGCUACCUUCGCAGGAGCUUACACCGAACCUUUCCCUCCGGAACUCAAUAGAGGAAUGGAAGCAGAGAGAAAUGGACUCCAAGUACGAAUAUGCAGUAUCUGGUAUCACCUCUGAUGAUGAUAGCAGACUGAACAAUGCCUUAAACGACAUGCAAGUCCUGAUGGAGAUGCCUCGCUACAGGAAUAGAUCUGCCGAGGAAGGAAUCAUUCCGAAGAUGGUGCAAGUUCUAAAAGACCGUAGUAGGCCGAUAAACACAAAGGCAGCCCUAAAAUGCCUCUACCACCUCUCCGAUUGUUCCGAAGACAACAAGGACGUCAUGGUUGACGCGGGAGCAAUCCGCUACAUAGUGAAGCAGUUUUACCGAGGUGAAGCAGAACCAGAAGCUGUGGCAAUCUUACACAAGUUGUCAUUGAAAGAAGCACAUGCUGAGCAAAUAGGGAAGACAAAAGACUGCAUUCCUUUCUUGGUAUCUCUGCUCCAAAAGGAGAAUCCGGAUGUCUCGCAGAAAGCCCAAGAUUUGUUGCAGAUCCUUUCCCAAAACAUAUAUUUUGUCAUCAAGAUGGCCGAAGCUGGGUAUUUUCCACCAUUUGUUGUUCGUUUCAACCAAGGAUCUUCAGAGGCCAGAGCUGCGAUGGCUGCAGCCCUAAUAAAGAUGAAACUCGACGACAACACCACAAAGCAUUUCGAAGAUGGGCAAUUCACACACAAGCUAAUCGAGAUGUUCUCCUCUAGCUCCCCGGCCUGCAAAUCUGCAUGCUUGCAGUGUAUCAAGAAACUCCUGGCUUACCCCAAGAUGGCCAAACAUUUCCUCACCCACACAUACACGAUACCGCACUUGCUUGGUGUCAUCACAUUCGUCGGGUCCGAAUCACACUGGAAACAGGAAGCCACCGAGAUCCUCACAUCACUGGUUGAAGCCAGCAAUCUCUCCGAUUUCCAUACCUGCCCGGGCCUGCAAGAACUGCAAUCCCCCCACAACAUCAGCCUCUUUUGGCAGUUAACUUCCGCUUCGGAUCCCGGACGUACCCAGGUACAGUUCUUACACCUGCUGGUUGCCCUGUGCCAUAAAUCUAAAACGGCUCAAGAUCUUAUACGAUCCAAUGACAAUGCAAUUGCCGGACUCUUUUCCUGCCUCACCUGCGACCAUCAUGAGGUAAGACAUGAAGUACUGAAGCUCAUAUACUGCGUUUCCAAAGACCAUCCCGAUGGGGUUCCACUUCCGCCAUCCCUUACAAGAAAGGAGUACGCCAUAAACACCCUAGUUGCCAUGCUCACCAGUUCACCGGACAUCGAAGAGAGAUCUAAUGCCGCUAGAAUCAUUGGCCUGCUCCCUGCCGAUGAUGAUGUGGUCGAUGAGACACUGGGCAAAUCCGAAGCAUUGAAGGCAAUUCAUGAAGUGAUCAGCUCCACAGACGACGACCAUAACAGUAGCAGGUGGCUCAAUCUACCCGUCGAGCCAAAACCACGCGAGUCACUAGACUCCCUUCUGGAGAACGCUCUGGCAGCGCUUCUUCGCUACACGCAGCCCACCAAGCCCGAGCUUCAGAGGCAAGUAAGCAAGCUUGAACUGUAUCCAUCGCUUGUGCGUGUCCUCUCGAGGGGCAGCUCGCUUGCCAAGCAACGGACUGCCAUAGCACUUGCCCAUCUAUCCCAGUCAACCACCGUGCUUCUCACUGAAGCUCCCGUCACGGCCACGGGGGCUAACAACUUCAUCUCUCUGCUUCGACUGACUAGGGUCAUCCCCAACAUGUCCUUGUGCUGUCCAGCCUCAGUACAGAGCUUGUGCCCCGUCCAUGGGUCCGCCUGCUCAUCGAGACACACAUUUUGUCUCGUUAAGGCCGAUGCUGUUGGACCGCUAGUGCAAGCACUGAGCGAUACUGACUCCGGUGUGGCAGACGCUGCUCUAAUGGCACUCAAUACGCUGCUUACAGAUAACAACACAGUGUCACAUGCUGCCACAGCUAUAGCGGACAACCAUGGUCUGGAGGCCAUCUUGGAGGUGCUGGAGAAGGGGUCCCCGUCCGCACAAGACCGAGCCCUCGACCUAUUCCAGAGUAUCUUAAAGCACACUCAGACCACAAAUCCACAGCUGCAGCGUUCCGAGACAAUCCUGAUUCGCCUCCUCUCAGACAACGCACUCAAGAAGAAAGCAGCUUUGGUGCUCAGACAGAUGAACAUCAUUCCAGAGCAAUCGUCUUAUUUCUAAAUGGGUUUCCCAAUUUUCAUUGUAAAGAAAGACACAAACAUGGUACAGGACUAUUGAGGCCGACCAUGAAAUUCGAAUUCUAUGAAAAAUCCACCCAUCAAUAAUUUAUCCUACAAGAGCAUUAGACAAGCGCAUUUCCUUUUAUCUA